UCGGUACUCGAUGACGGUCUUAUGUUUAGUUCAUGCGGUUUAUUUAAAGUAGCGACUAAAACAGCAUAGAUUUGACGUGUAGGACGCGACCGCCUCCUUCUUUCAUCGUUUAGCUUCGCAUUUGAGCCGUUGAGUUUCACAGGAAUGCAUGUGGCCGUGCUUCUGUUUGCUGCGGCGCUACCGCUGACCACCGUGGCCCUCGACAAUGGACUGAUGAAGACCCCUCCCAUGGGCUGGUUGGCGUGGGAACGAUUUCGCUGUGAUGUUGACUGUGAACAUGACCCCAAGAACUGCAUCAGUGAGAAUCUCUUCAUUGACAUGGCAGACAGACUCGCAGAGGACGGCUGGAAGGAACUUGGCUACGUCUAUGUGAAUAUAGACGACUGCUGGUCCUCCAUGGACAGAGAUAAGGAGGGACGGCUGCAGUCUGACCCAAAAAGAUUCCCGGGAGGCAUCCACAAGCUGGCUCGCUACGUGCACGACAGAGGACUCAAGCUGGGGAUCUAUGGGGACAUGGGCACGCACACCUGCGGGGGCUACCCCGGCACGCCGCUGGACAAGAUCAAGAUCGAUGCUCAGACCUUCGCAGACUGGGAGGUGGAUAUGUUAAAAUACGACGGCUGUUAUUCUAAUGUCACAGAGCAGGAGCAGGGUUACCCUCUUAUGUCAGAAGCUUUGAAUGCGACGGGUCGCCCCAUCGGCUACUCCUGCAGCUGGCCCGCCUACCAGGGAGGUCUACCCCCGAAGGUAAACUACACACAGCUGGGCAAGAUCUGCAACCUGUGGCGUAACUAUGGCGACAUCCAGGACUCCUGGGACAGCGUCCUGAACGUUAUUGACUGGUUCUUUAAUAACCAGGAAGUCCUCAUACCUGCAGCAGGACCUGGAAGAUGGAACGACCCCGACAUGCUGUUAAUAGGCGACUUUGGCCUCAGCAUGGACCAGUCUCGUGCACAGAUGGCUCUGUGGGCAAUCAUGGCUGCUCCGCUUUUCAUGUCCAAUGACCUUCGCACCAUCAGCAGCGGGGCCCGCAGCAUCCUGCAAAACAAAAUGGCCAUCACCAUCAACCAGGACCCAAUGGGCAUUCAGGGAAGACGGAUCGUAAAGGAGAAAAAUGGCAUUGAGGUGUUCUGGCGCCCCCUGUCAAGCAACGCCAGCGCUCUGGUGUUCUUCAGUCGCCGAAAGGACAUGCCCUUCCGCUACCAGACUUCCCUCAGCAAACUCAACUACACGACUGGCAGCUACAAGGCCUUUGAUGUAUUCGCUGAGAAGACUGUGAUGCUGAAAGACUCCACUGACUUCGUGGUGUCAGUGAACCCCUCCGGCGUGGUCAUGUGGUAUCUCUCCGCUCCAGCCAAACGUCACCUCCGGCAGUUCUACAAAGGUGGCCGAAGCCGUGAUGAAGGAAACGCCAUUCCUUCUUUCAUCCUCUGACCUCCCACUGUCUUAACUUCCUCUUAUAUUUGUCACUGAUCUGAUGCUGGAAGAGUGUGUUUGUCAGUGAACCCCCUUAAGGUCCAAUGACAGCAGUGUUAUAAACUGAGAUUGUCAGUGAUUCCUCUCUCUCUCUCUCUAAUUCUGCACUGCAACAUGAAUCAAAUGAAGAGGUUGAUAUGGGACACAUGUUGCUGUAUUUUGUUGUUCCAAAAACAUUGAAGUCUAUCAAAGGCCAAUGGAUGCAACUUUUUUUUUUUAAGCACAUUGCUUUCGUUUUUAAGGAUACAUGUUUUAUUCUGUCAAGAUUCUGACAUUGCGCUGCUCAGGUAAAUUUUAACGUUUGUGUUUAAGAAAUGAAAAAUAAAUGAGUCAAUGAAUGUCUUUAAUGGAAUAAAAUGGUGUUUUUUUUCCUGUGAAGAAACUGUC